AUGAAUAAUCAAGCUCCACCGCAACCCUCACCACAACAGACGCUGCAACAACUGUUGCAACAACAACAGCGACGACAACAAGCACAACAAACGCUGCAACAGCUGUUGCAACAACAACAGCAACGACAACAAGCACAACAACAACAACAGCAGCAGCAAGAACUGCUACAGCUGCGAGAAAAGCUCCAGCAGUCGCAGCAACAACUACAAAUAUGGCAGCAAUACACACAGCAGCAACAGGAAAAUUGGCGAAAUCGACAAAGGUCGCAGCAACAGCGACAAGAAAAAGAAAUGCGACAAGAAAAAGAAAUUCAACAACAGCAGCAACAAAUUCUUCAAUUGGAGCAACAGCACCAACAGUUGCAGCAACAGCUCCAAAAGCGUCUGCAACAGCACCAACAGUUGCAGCAACAGCACCAACAGCGUCUGCAACAGCCACAACGACUACAACCAACAUAUGCUAUAGUAGUGUUGUUUUUGCUGCUAUUAUGGACGAUAUACAAACAAAUUAAUUAA